AUGGGCACGAUUGUUUACAGGAAGAUGACCCCGGAAGAGGCGAAAUGGAAGAUUCCCGAGCUAAGAAAGGUGGUGCGGAUGGGGGGGGAGUGUAGCCCAGUGAAGGUGCCUGUGACCUACGAUGAGGUGCCUGGUGCUUCUGAUGCGGAUGUGUGGGAGCGGGAUGAGAGCGCUGAGUGGGCUACCGUGGACAGGCCGACACCAGAGGAGUGGAACGUUGACGUUCAGUGGGAAGACGUGGAAGAGCUAUGGAGUUAUGAUGUGCACCCGACGCAGGGUGCGCGACCAACAUCUUUGGCGAGCACCCUCAUCAUGCUUGCGCACGCUGGCGCGAACGGAAACUCCCAUUUCAUCGGUGGAUCCACUCCUUGGGCCAACACCGACACGGAGACUGGUUACCACUGUGAGAGGGAUAAGGCAGAAUUGCCAUCGGAUCAAGGGGAUGAUGUGGCAGACGCAGUGAUAAAAGAUGCGGAGGAGUGGAGCGACGAUAGUGAUGAGUGGUGGCUAGCAGGCCACUAUGACGGGGAGGAAGUGGAGGUGUGGGUGGCAGGAGUGCAAGGGCUGACAGCAGCGGUGCAAGGGCUGACAGCAGGGGUGCAAGGGUGGAAAGCAGGGGUGCAAGGGUGGAAAGCAGGGGUGCAAGGGGGAGAAGCAGGGGUGCAAGGGUGGGAAGCUGGGGUGCAAGGGUGGGAAGCAGGGGUGCAAGGGUGGGAAGCAGGGGUGCAAGGGUGGAAAGCAGUGCAUAGGAGUGGGGAGUAUGAAAGGAGUGGGGGGUAUGAGAGGAGUGGGGAGUAUGAAAGGAGUGGGGGGUAUGAGAGGAGUGGGGAGUAUGAAAGGAGUGGGGGGUAUGAGAGGAGUAGGGAGUAUGAAAGGAGUGGGGGGAAUGAGAGGAGUGGGGAGUAUGAAAGGAGUGGGGGGUAUGAGAGGAGUGGGGAGUAUGAAAGGAGUGGGGGGUAUGAGAGGAGUGGGGAGUACGAAAGGAGUGGGGGGUAUGUUGCAGCAUGCCACUGGCAAUAUGCUGAACGAGGCAUUACUGGACAUGUCUUCAAAAUCAUCAAUGCAGCAGAUCCCCCGGUCGCUCAGCACCUGGGCGCCGCUCUCCAGUACCUGCUGGGCGGCAAGCAUGGAGGGGAAUGGGAAGAGAAAAAGAAGCACACAUCUCAGCAUUCAGCCCAGACUUCAUCAACUCAUGGAUGCAGCAGGCACUUUUCGAACGUGAGCGUGUUCCUAAGUCUGCUGCGCUGCCCCCUAGUUGCACCUGCGUCCCCCCUCCUCCUUCCGGAUUGCUCUUGCAAUCCAAAAAGGUCUGCAAGAGAGGGUGAAUGGUCACUGAGAUUGCACACAAGUCUGCUGCGCUGCCCCCCUGUUGCGCGUGCGUCCCCUCUCGUCUUUGCGAUUGUACAUGGGGAGGGAGAGGAUGGGGGGGGGAAGCAGGGAAGGGGAUGGGGGGAAGCAAGGAAGGGGAUGGGGGGCAGCGGGGAAGGGGAUGGGGGGAAGCGGGGAUGGGGAUGGGGGGAAGCAGGGAAGGGGAUGGGGGGAAGCAGGGAAGGGGAUGGGGGGAAGCAGGGAAGGGGAUGGUGGGAAGCAGGGAAGGGGAUGGGGGGAAGCAGGGAAGGGGAUGGGGGGAAGCAGGGAAGGGGAUGGGGGGAAGCAGGGAAGGGGAUGGGGGGAAGCAGGGAAGGGGAUGGGGGGAAGCAGGGAAGGGGAUGGGGGGAAGCAGGGAAGGGGAUGGGGGGAAGCAGGGAAGGGGAUGGGGGGAAGCAGGGAAGGGGAUGGGGGGAAGCAGGGAAGGGGAUGGGGGGAAGCAGGGAAGGGGAUGGGGGGAAGCAGGGAAGGGGAUGGGGGGAAGCAGGGAAGGGGAUGGGGGGAAGCAGGGAAGGGGAUGGGGGGAAGCAGGGAAGGGGAUGGGGGGAAGCAGGGAAGGGGAUGGGGGGAAGCAGGGAAGGGGAUGGGGGGAAGCAGGGAAGGGGAUGGGGGGAAGCAGGGAAGGGGAUGGGGGGAAGCAGGGAAGGGGAUGGGGGGAAGCAGGGAAGGGGAUGGGGGGAAGCAGGGAAGGGGAUGGGGGGAAGCAGGGAAGGGGAUAGGGGGGAAGCAGGGAAGGGGAUGGGGGAAGCAGGGAAGGGGAUGGGGGGAAGCAGGGAAGGGGAUGGGGGGAAGCAGGGAAGGGGAUGGGGGGAAGCAGGGAAGGGGAUGGGGGGAAGCAGGGAAGGGGAUGGGGGGAAGCAGGGAAGGGGAUGGGGGGAAGCAGGGAAGGGGAUGGGGGGAAGCAGGGAAGGGGAUGGGGGGAAGCAGGGAAGGGGAUGGGGGGAAGCAGGGAAGGGGAUGGGGGGAAGCAGGGAAGGGGAUGGGGGGAAGCAGGGAAGGGGAUGGGGGGAAGCAGGGAAGGGGAUGGGGGGAAGCAGGGAAGGGGAUGGGGGGAAGCAGGGAAGGGGAUGGGGGGAAGCAGGGAAGGGGAUGGGGGGAAGCAGGGAAGGGGAUGGGGGGAAGCAGGGAAGGGGAUGGGGGGAAGCAGGGAAGGGGAUGGGGGGAAGCAGGGAAGGGGAUGGGGGGAAGCAGGGAAGGGGAUGGGGGGAAGCAGGGAAGGGGAUGGGGGGAAGCAGGGAAGGGGAUGGGGGGAAGCAGGGAAGGGGAUGGGGGGAAGCAGGGAAGGGGAUGGGGGGAAGCAGGGAAGGGGAUGGGGGGAAGCAGGGAAGGGGAUGGGGGAAGCAGGGAAGGGGAUGGGGGGAAGCAGGGAAGGGGAUGGGGGGAAGCAGGGAAGGGGAUGGGGGGAAGCAGGGAAGGGGAUGGGGGGAAGCAGGGAAGGGGAUGGGGGGAAGCAGGGAAGGGGAUGGGGGGAAGCAGGGAAGGGGAUGGGGGGAAGCAGGGAAGGGGAUGGGGGGAAGCAGGGAAGGGGAUGGGGGGAAGCAGGGAAGGGGAUGGGGGGAAGCAGGGAAGGGGAUGGGGGGAAGCAGGGAAGGGGAUGGGGGGAAGCAGGGAAGGGGAUGGGGGGAAGCAGGGAAGGGGAUGGGGGGAAGCAGGGAAGGGGAUGGGGGGAAGCAGGGAAGGGGAUGGGGGGAAGCAGGGAAGGGGAUGGGGGGAAGCAGGGAAGGGGAUGGGGGGAAGCAGGGAAGGGGAUGGGGGGAAGCAGGGAAAGGGAUGGGGGGAAGCAGGGAAGGGGAUGGGGGGAAGCAGGGAAGGGGAUGGGGGGAAGCAGGGAAGGGGAUGGGGGGAAGCAGGGAAGGGGAUGGGGGAAGCAGGGAAGGGGAUGGGGGGAAGCAGGGAAGGGGAUGGGGGGAAGCAGGGAAAGGGAUGGGGGGAAGCAGGGAAGGGGAUGGGGGGAAGCAGGGAAGGGGAUGGGGGGAAGCAGGGAAGGGGAUGGGGGAAGCAGGGAAAGGGAUGGGGGGAAGCAGGGAAGGGGAUGGGGGGAAGCAGGGAAGGGGAUGGGGGGAAGCAGGGAAGGGGAUGGGGGGAAGCAGGGAAGGGGAUGGGGGGAAGCAGGGAAGGGGAUGGGGGGAAGCAGGGAAGGGGAUGGGGGGAAGCAGGGAAAGGGAUGGGGGGAAGCAGGGAAGGGGAUGGGGGGAAUCAGGGAAGGGGAUGGGGGGAAGCAGGGAAGGGGAUGGGGGGAAGCAGGGAAGGGGAUGGGGGGAAGCAGGGAAGGGGAUGGGGGGAAGCAGGGAAGGGGAUGGGGGGAAGCAGGGAAGGGGAUGGGGGGAAGCAGGGAAGGGGAUGGGGGGAAGCAGGGAAGGGGAUGGGGGGAAGCAGGGAAGGGGAUGGGGGGAAGCAGGGAAGGGGAUGGGGGGAAGCAGGGAAGGGGAUGGGGGGAAGCAGGGAAGGGGAUGGGGGGAAGCAGGGAAAGGGAUGGGGGGAAGCAGGGAAGGGGAUGGGGGGAAGCUGGGAAGGGGAUGGGGGGAAGCUGGGAAGGGGAUGGGGGGAAGCAGGGAAGGGGAUGGGGGGAAGCAGGGAAGGGGAUGGGGGAAAGCAGGGAAGGGGAUGGGGGGAAACAGGGAAGGGGAUUGGGGGAAACAGGGAAGGGGAUUGGGGGAAACAGGGAAGGGGAUUGCGGGAAACAGGGAAGGGGAUUGGGGGAAACAGAUAGAGGGUGUGGAGAAGCAGGUCAGAGGAUGGGGGAAACAGGGCAGGGGAUAA